CGAAGACCGGACUGUCGCUUUGAAAUGCAGCGUCUCGCUAAGGUUUGACCCUUCCAGCGUUCCGUACAGUAUCAAAGCUAGCUGUGUUGUGAAAACAUGUGUAUUAGCUAGGUCUAUGUAUUGAAUUGUGGGUAGCGUAUUUGCUCAACAACGUUGUGGCUUUAGCUAGUACAUAGAGAACGUUACUGUAUUCAUAAAUAAAAUGGAAACCGAAAAUCGACCCCAAAAGAGAUCCCAUGGGGAGGAUGAAAGGUCUGGCUCAGAAGGAUCAGAGGAUGACGAUUAUGUUCCUUACGUUCCAGUCAAAAUAAGAAAACAUCAAAUGAUACAGAAGAUGUUACGUCUGCGAGGAAAGGCAGUGGACGAGGAGCAGAAGGACAGUGGGGAGGAGCAGAGAGAUGAGGACGAGGGUCUUGGUCCACGCUCCAACGUCAGUCUCCUUGACCAGCAUCAGCACCUCAAAGAAAAAGCAGAAGCCCGUAAGGAGUCCGCCAAGGAGAAGCAGCUGAAAGAGGAAGAGAAGAUUCUUGAGAGCGUUGCAGAGGGCAGAGCUCUAAUGUCCGUAAAAGAAAUGGCCAAAGGUAUCAUAUAUGAUGAUCCCAUAAAAACAAGCUGGAAGGCACCGCGCUACAUCCUGAAUAUGCCAAAGACCCGACAUGAGCGCGUCAGGAAGAAGUUUCACAUCCUUGUUGAUGGAGACGGAAUCCCUCCUCCAAUCAAAAGUUUCAGGGAGAUGAAGCUUCCACCAGCAAUCCUAAAAGGUUUGAAAAAGAAGGGAAUUGUGCAUCCCACGCCAAUUCAAAUUCAAGGAAUCCCUACAGUUCUGUCAGGUCGAGACAUGAUUGGCAUAGCCUUCACUGGUUCUGGAAAGACUUUGGUCUUCACUCUGCCAAUCACCAUGUUUGCGCUGGAGCAGGAGAAAAGGCUGCCUUUCUUUAAGAGAGAGGGACCAUAUGGACUCAUCAUCUGUCCUUCACGAGAGUUGGCGAGGCAGACUCACGGCAUCAUCGAGUACUACUGCAAGCUGCUGGAGGAGGAAGGAGCUCCUCAGCUGCGCACUGCCCUCUGCAUCGGAGGAAUGUCUGUCAAGGAUCAGAUGGAGGUAGUAAAACAUGGUGUCCACAUGAUGGUUGCUACCCCUGGCAGACUGAUGGACUUGCUGCAGAAGAAGAUGGUGAGUCUGGACAUCUGCCGCUACUUGGCUCUGGAUGAGGCUGAUAGGAUGAUUGACAUGGGCUUUGAGGAAGACAUCAGAACCAUCUUCUCCUAUUUCAAGGGACAAAGGCAAACCCUGCUUUUUAGCGCCACUAUGCCCAAGAAGAUCCAGAACUUUGCCAAGAGUGCGCUGGUCAAACCUAUCACUAUCAACGUAGGCAGGGCCGGAGCUGCCAGCUUGGAUGUCAUCCAGGAAGUGGAAUACGUCAAAGAGGAGGCCAAGAUGGUGUACCUGCUCGAGUGUCUCCAGAAAACACCACCUCCUGUGCUGAUAUUUGCUGAGAAGAAGGCCGAUGUAGAUGCCAUCCAUGAGUAUCUCUUGCUAAAAGGAGUAGAAGCGGUGGCCAUCCAUGGAGGAAAAGAUCAGGAGGAAAGAACAAAAGCCAUCGAGGCAUUUAAAGAAGGAAAGAAAGAUGUCUUAGUUGCCACAGACGUUGCCUCCAAGGGUCUGGAUUUCCCAGCUAUACAGCAUGUAGUGAAUUAUGACAUGCCGGAGGAGAUAGAAAACUAUGUCCAUAGAAUCGGAAGAACUGGAAGAUCAGGCCAGACCGGUAUUGCCACUACAUUCAUCAAUAAAGGCUGUGAUGAGUCUGUGUUGAUGGACCUUAAAGCUCUGCUAGUUGAAGCCAAGCAGAAGGUUCCUCCAGUCCUCCAGGUGCUCCAGACAGGAGAUGAGACCAUGCUGGACAUCGGAGGAGAGAGGGGCUGUACAUUCUGCGGCGGUCUGGGUCAUCGUAUUACAGACUGCCCUAAGUUGGAGGCCAUGCAGACCAAGCAGGUCACCAACAUCGGACGGAAAGACUACCUGGCUCACAGCUCAAUGGACUUCUAAGAGUUUUUGAUUAAAGAGAAGAUUCUCCUAUGUUAAAUGGAACAGAAAAUUUCUGACGAAAUGGUAGAGCUGUGUCACGCCACUGAACUAAGGAAGUGUGUUUUUAUCACCACCUGACAUAGUUUGCAGGUUCAUCAGAUGAAUUUUCUUUUUGCCCUUUUUUUUUUGUCCUGAUGUGUAGACUUUGUAAUAUACAUUUUUGAUACUCCAAUUGUAAAUAAAAAACACUUAUCUGUU